UUACAGAUAGAAAAAGGUGCUGGUGCAGAAGCUCGCUGGUCAGAUGAGGAGUACGCAAGCCAUGGGGCCAAAGUUGUGGAUCGAGACGCAGCUCUCAAGGCCGACAUUGUCCUCAAGGUUCGGCCACCAUCGACCAGUGAGGCAUCACUUCUGAAGGACAAUUCUACAUUGAUCUCGUUCGUCUAUCCAGCUGUUAACAAAUCUAUUGUUGAUGAGUUGGCAAAGAAGAAGUUAAACUUACUUGCAAUGGAUUGUGUUCCUAGGAUAUCCAGGGCUCAGGUAUUCGAUGCUCUGUCCUCAAUGGCCAACAUCGCUGGUUAUCGUGCGGUAGUUGAAGCUGCUCAUCAUUUUGGUCGAUUUUUCACCGGUCAGAUUACAGCUGCUGGAAAGGUCCCACCAGCAAAAGUGCUAGUCAUUGGAGGAGGUGUUGCCGGUCUCAGCGCCAUAGGAACUGCUAGAGGAAUGGGUGCCAUUGUUCGUGGUUUCGACACUCGUGAAGCAGUACGAGAGCAAAUUCAGUCAUUAGGAGGAGAAUUUCUUACAGUCCAUAUCAAAGAGGAAGGCGAAGGAACUGGCGGUUACGCAAAGGAAAUGAGCAAAGAAUUUCUGCAGGCGGAAAUGGACUUAUUCGCUAAACAGUGCAAAGAAGUUGAUAUAAUUAUUUCAACGGCACUUAUCCCAGGAAAGCCUGCACCACGUCUGAUCACCGAGGAGAUGAUUAAAACGAUGAGACCUGGCAGUGUAGUAGUCGAUCUAGCCGCUGAAGCUGGUGGUAACAUUGAGACCACAAGACCAGGCGAAUGCUACACAAAACAUGGAGUUGUACACAUAGGAUAUGUUGAUUUGCCAUCAAGGCUUCCUACUCAAGCUAGUACUCUGUAUGCCAAUAAUAUAUCGAAACUUCUCUUAUACAUGAGCGAUACAUGA